CGCCAAACUCGGCACAUACGUCUAUAAUUACACAAUUGAGUCUGGGUUGUGAUUCACGGAGACUCGCCAAGAAGGUACGCUACUUUCUUUUGGUCGCCCACGAGCUUACUAAAACCAAAAGUAAAUAGUCGUUUACCACCAUAAGUUAUUGUCUCUCUUCUGUCUAGCUUGCCUGGAUAGCCCUAUAUUGUGGAAGAUUAUAAGGAGAGUAACGAACGUAGUAGGUAAGACACCACCAUCCAGCAUAUCUAGCCAUAAAUUAUACCUCGUCACACCCACUUGUACUCAGUUGAUAUCCAUUGUUUUCUUAAUCCUAGGUCUUUGAAAACUUGGUUAGAUCGGCGGGCAAGGUAACAUACCUUAUUUUCAUCUGUCGUUUAAAUCCAUCAAAAGAUCCCAGCUCUCUAUUUGUAACUAUUCCCAAGAGCUCCUGCUUUUGCCAUAUUAUACAGAACAAGUCCACAAGCCCACCAGCUCAAGCAACCGCUCCACUUGGCUUCCCGAUGUCUCACUCCGUUCUCUCAAAGGUCUCGGCAAACGCUUUCUGAACCCCUGUACAGUAACGUUUUCGAAGAAUCACUUGCAUAAACCACGCCGACACCCUGCUACUGCAAGUCAUAUCUCCCUCCGACUUGCAACAAAACUCCAACAGAAUCCAUCUUGUCGGGUUCCAUUCAUUCACAUGAUCCAGACCUGAACCCGGGGUCGUGAAAAUUGUCGCAGAGGAUUUCUUUAAGAAAUCGAAUUUUGCUGCCAUCACGUGGCUUCGGCGAGAUUUUUCAUCACCCACCCGUGGACGCCAAAGACAUGACACCAAGAGUUGCGAUUAAGACUUGAGCUUUUAACUACAAAGUUCGCUCUACAGAAGCAGCACAAGUACAAAAGAUGAAGGUCAAUGAAACAGUUGGUAUGUUUUAUAGCUUGCAUUACUAUGAAUUUCACUUUAGCUAAUAUUCUGACAAUCAAUAGCUGUGUCGACUUCUCGAAUCCUCUUAGUUCCCUAUGAAGCAUCACACGUAACAACUUACCACGAGGUAAUCUAUUUCACGUUUUUGAUUGCUUUUGUUGUGUAUAGUUCUCAGAACAAAUAUAAUUACUGUUUCCGAUCCAAGGCUUCAAUACUUAAGACGCGCUGACCAGUGAGUCUACUUACAGUGGAUGCAAGACGAGGUAAGAGUAUGCCCAUGCCUUCUAAAACCAUCAACUAAAAUCAUACUCAGAAAAUACAAGAAUACACAGCUUCAGAGCCGCUUUCUCUCCCAGAAGAAUACGCGAUGCAAGCAAACUGGAGAACGUCACACGACAAAUUGACCUUCAUCGCAUGUCAACCACUCUCAGCAACCGCAUCAAUAAAUAUCCAAGGCGGAGUUGAUGACGUCCCCGAACGAAUGCUGGGCGAUGUGAAUUUGUUCAUUUCUCAAGAGGACGAUGAUUCAGAUGGUGAUGCGACGUCACCAAAAGGACUAGUUGGCGAACUGGAACUCAUGAUCGCACCCACGGACAAGCGAAGACAAGGUUAUGGACGUGCAGCGAUACUGGCGUUUAUGUGUUACAUCGCGAGGAAUAUCGACAAUAUAGUCUCCGAGUACAGUGCAAACGAGGCUACAAAAAUCACGAAAGCUGAGGGUGUAAGUCCCCUUCGGCUUCGAGUCAAGAUUGGGAAGGAGAAUGAGCCGAGCUUGAGGUUAUUUGAGAGUCUUGGGUUCAGAAAAGUCGCGGAAGAGCCGAAUUAUUUUGGGGAGUUGGAGCUUUGCUUGGGUGGUUCUUCGGAUGGGAAGUCUUGGGUUGAUGGGUUUUUGGAGGGGCUGGGUUACGAGGGGUAUGCUGAAGUGGAUUAUUUACCUGAUAAUUGGAGUAUGAGCAUGAGUUGA